AACGUGUUUGUACCAGAAUCACAGUGUGAAUUUGAUUCACAACCACUAAACCUCUUCCUUUCAUCUCUCCUCAUAGCCGCAUCACAAGUCCGUUAUGUCGUGCCCCGUGGAGCAGCAUACGUUGGCCGUAGUGACUUCGAUAUUGAACGGCCAGCUCUUUACAUAUUCAUCGUCCCACUUGAUAUUGAUUUCGCACUUUCGGUGGAGUAUCACAACUCAACUGGAUCGGAAGGUAUAAAAUCCUGCAGCUCGACAUCGAGAAGUUGCAACAACAAGCACCUGUUCACUUUUUGCGGCCAAUCCAACUAACUAAACCAUUCUCUCUAUCAACAUGUUCUCCACCAAAGCCAUCACUUUUGUCGUCGCCGUAGCUAUGCUUUUCGCUGGUCAGACUCAAGCAGGCACCACCAUCCCCCGUGCCGCCCUGAUCGCCACUGACCCAGUCGCGGCGUGCAACCCUCCAAACAACGGAGACCAUACCACUGGUUCGAGCUGCAAGUUCUUCUCUGGACCCUCUGACGACUCUCCCGUCAUCUCCGGCACCUGUGUUCCCCAAGAUGGAACCCUCACCUGCGUCCGGUGAUUGACUCGACAACCAGAUAUAUAGUACUGACGAGUAGUAAAGAGAAGCUGAAGCUCGAAUUCGGACUGGGACAAUGAAUGUAUUAUGUACUCGAAUGCUAUGGCAUUUACUGUUGCCAAAAGGUGUUGGUAAAGAUUUCAAAUCCACCGUAAACAAAUCUCCCUCACAGUG